AUGUUUACACCGAGUCACCUGGCCUUUGGCCAGUGGGCAAAUCCUCGUGAUCGAAGCAAAGACAAGCGAAGAGAUCUCACUUACUGGACUGAUCUGGCAAAGAUCUUAGAAAAGGGAUCAUUUGUCGGCUACUUCCUAGCCGAUACAUUCGGUCCAUAUGAUGUAUUCAAGAGUGGAACUGAACCGACAUUCAGGACUGGAGCACAGUGGCCGAUGGCAGACCCUAUCAUUCCGAUCUCGGCAAUGGCGAGCGUCACAAGGCAUCUUAACUUUGCUGUCACGACCUCGACGUCAUAUGAACAACCUUAUGUUGUAGCAAAACGAUUUGCUACUCUGGAUCAUCUGACAGGAGGCCGUUUUGGUUGGAACAUUGUUGGUCUACCGUAUGUCGAGCAUGACAAGCGCUACGAGAAUGCGGAUGAAUACCUCCGAAUCCUCUACAAGUUAUGGGAGGGUUCAUGGGCAGACGACGCACUUGUCGAAGAUACUGAGAAGCAGAUCUACAGUGAUCCAUCCAAAAUCCGCACCAUAAAGCACGAGGGCAAAUGGACAGUGGAUGCACCCUUCAUCGUUGACCCGUCACCCCAGCGCACACCAGUGCUUUUCCAAGCCGGCACUUCUGCCGCAGGGAUGCAUUUCGGCUCAACGCACGCUGAAGCCAUCUUCGUGGCCGGGCUGUCACCACACGUCGUAGCGCCGCGUGUCAAGGCCAUUCGGGAACAAGCCGCGGCAGCUGGACGCGACCCUCAGUCGAUCAAGAUCUUCGCAAUGAUCACACCGAUUAUUGGCAAGGACGAGGAAGACGCGGAGAGAAAGCACCGUGAGGCUCUUCAGUACGCUUCUGAAGAAGGCGGUCUGGCGCAAUGGUGUGCUUCAAGCGGUGUUGACGUGUCGAAGUUCGAUCCGGACCAUCUGCUCACUGAGGAAGACUUGCCCCGUGACCAGUGGCAGCGGCUGGCUCAGAGCAUCGUGUACAACUUGCAAUACACUGGAUCUGAUAUCCCUCCUCUCACCGUUCGCAACCUUGGAAAGUUGGUCGCCAUCGGUGGUUCUGGCGCAAUGCCGAAGGGAUCGCCGUCGCAAGUCGCCGACAUUUUCGAGCAAUGGGUGGACAUUGCAGAUGUCGAUGGUUUUAAUAUCGCAUAUGUUGUUUCACCCGGAAGUUUUGAGGAUGUGUCUGAGCUGCUUGCGCCCGAACUGAGGAGAAGGGGUCUGUUGGAUGAUCCCAUUCAGCCAGACGCGCCUGUUCUCACAUAUCGUGAAAGAAUAUACGGUGAGGGUCAGAAGGGACUGAGAAGCGACCAUGUGGGUUUCAAGUACAAGUAUGAUACGUACGAGCAGACUAUUGCGGAGGAAGUUGCCGCAAAAGGGACCGGGCCACCCUGA